CCCUCCCGCCCUCCCCUCCUCCCCUCCCUCCCUCCGUCAUGCCGAGCCGACAGAAGCAGCUCCUCUUCUCGGUCUCGGGCCUCCUCGGUUUGUCCUGCGCCCUCACGGCCGCCGUGGCGACCGGACUUCCUUUCUGGCUCCGCGGUGCCGCGCUGUGUCGAACCGGAGCCGAACUGGUCAACGCCACCGGACCCGAGCUGGACAAGUUCCUGGGGGAACUGAGCUACGGGCUUUUCCACGGGCAGAGGGUGAAACAGUGCGGCCUGGGAGGACGGACGUCCCGCUUCUCCUUCUUCCCAGACCUGCUGGACGCCAUCCCUGCAGGCCUCCACGUCACCAUCAUCUUCUUCUGUGGUGUUGUGAUCUUCUUCUCCUCCGUGGCCACUGGCUUCUUCUUCUUCAACGCCUUCGGUCGACCCUAUGAGACGCUGCAAGGCCCCAUGGGACUUUACCUGUGGACCUUCAUCUGCUGUCUGAGCAGCUGCCUGGUGAUGAUUCUGUUUGCGUCCGAGGUGAAGCUGCAGCAUCUGUCUGAGCGCAUCGCUAACUUCAACGAGAUCAACUUCGUCUUCCAGACGUACUCCGAACGCUACGACCGAUGCUUCUGGCUCUUCUUCCUCAUCUUCUUCCUGCAGGGGCUCAACGGGAUCCUGAUCCGACUGGCGGGGAUCCAGUUCCCCUUCCAGGACAGCAAAGAGGUGGAGCUGAGUAGUGGGGCAGCGGACCUCAUGUACUGAGCACCGGGAGACGUCCUGGACCGGGAGACGUCCUGGACCGGGAGACGUCCUGGACCGGGAGACGUUCCCACCUCACAUGACAAAUGAACUUUAAGUUUAGAACAAGUUCGAGGAGAUGAAACCAGUUUUCAGUGCAGCGUCGGUAGUGAAUCAUUUCUGUCCUGAUUAAUAAUCAUCAUUAAUCCUUAACGAGAGACACUUUAGGAAACUAAUCAGUUAAUUAAAAGUGUUAAAUACGUAGUUCAAUUACUCAACUGAACGUUUAGGAAACAGAGCUGAGUCCUGAUGUUCUCUGUCGGUUCUUCACUGGUUCUCUGAGCAGCAGGAACUUGUUCUUGUUCUUUAAGUCAGAAUUGUGUCACGUUGUUAAAGAGUUUCAUUUACUGGUCUCAUGUGAAGAGUCUGGACCUCUGAACACUGGUACUGAUCCCAGGCUCGGUUCCUGUUCUGGUGGUUCUGAGCUGGAGGUAACUUCGUACUUCGUCAACCAGCUUUUCUUCAUCUGGUCCCCCACAAGGACACUGAGUCCGUUCGUCUCAGCAUAAGGACGUGUCGGCAGGACAGGCUGAACCAAACAAUGCCUUCUGAGGCAGACCUGGAUCCUCCAGGACCACGUGGUCCAGCUGGGGGG